AUGAGCCCCUACUCGUUUCUGACUGUGGUGGCGCUUGCCUACGUAGUCUGCGUCAGCACUGCUCGCGAACUCACGCAUGCAUAUCUUGACGGUGAUGAGGUCAACAUUUUUGUUGACAAAAUGGCCCCACGCGACAACCCAUACGAGACUUACGACUACAUAGAAGCGCCGGGGUGUACUUUGCAAAAAGAUGCAAAGCCACUCACUUUUGGUGAGCUUCUUGCAGGUCACCAGGCCUCCACUCUACCCACAAAUAUUAGAUUCAACCAUAAUACCGGCACUGCGGUUCUGUGCAAGUACAAAGCCAACGUGCGAGAAACAGCGCUCUUGAUCGAGAUGAUCCGUGGCGACUAUCGCUAUGAACUGGUGAUUGACGAACUCCCAGUGUGGAGUGCGAUUGGCGAGGAAACUGGUGAAAACAAAUUUUCUAUUUUUCUGCACCGUACGUUUCACAUUGGCGUGAACGGGAAUCGAAUUGUGAGCGCCACACUUGAGACGAGCUCCCCAGCAAAGCUGGAAGCGGACACGAUUUACACCUUUACGUAUUCGGUCGUCUUCGAGGCAUCGAGCGUGGAGUACGCCAAUCGACUUUCCACCGUGCUCGACACGCGCUACGUCAGCUCACGAACGCGAUUUGUUUCCCUCAUCAACUCCAGUUUGAUUGCGCUCUUUCUCUUUUCCGUAAUUACACUCAUUUUUUCGCGAACGCUGCGCCACGAGCGCGCGAAAUUAGAAAGGGAAACACAGUUUCGCUUUGAAGGUCAGGACAUCAUUGACGAGUCAGGGUGGAGGUGCCUGUACGCGGAUGUGUUUCGGGUACCACGACACGCCGGAACCUUCUGUGCCAUCCUUGGGUGCGGCACGCAGCUUCUAGUACUCUCAGCAGUGGCCAUUUUGCUGUCUGUCAUGAGUAAUUACCGUAUCUCGAUGAACCACAACUUGGUCACCUAUACUGUAUUCGGCUAUGUCUUCACCAGCGGUAUUGCCGGCUAUGUGUCCGGAUAUCAGUUCAUCGGAUGUAGCUUUCUGGCACCACCCAUGGCAUCAAAGUGGAUUCGUGCAUUUCAUGUCGCUUUCUUCCUGGUGCCGAUGAUUUAUGUAACGGCGUUUCUUCCUUCUUCGACUGUAGCGUUACUUUACGGGUCGUCUCAGCUCCCGUACCUCAAGGGGGUGCUCAUUCUCCUGUGCCUGUGGGUCUUUGUGGCCUACCCUCUGUGCCUCGCCGGUGUGCUGUGUAGCCGUUACGUAUUUCGACGAACAGAGCGGAGACGAAAUAUUCCGCACGUCAAUCAAAUCUCACGCCUUAUUCCGCGGCCACCACGGAGAUUGCUGGCGCCUCAAUGCCUGUUGUUGGUGAGCGGUAUUCCUCCUUUCAUCUCAGUGUUUGUGGAAUUCAGCUUUGUUUUCACCUCCAUCUGGACUUUCAAAGUGUUUCACUUGUACGGCUUUCUCACCAUUACAGCACUCCUUUACAUUGCCAUCUCGGCGUGUGUUUCGAUCAUCGCAACUUUUCUACUCUUAUCGACGGAGAAUCAUCACUGGAAAUGGAUGUCGAUGGGCUUCGGCGCAUCCUGCUCGAUGUACGCAUUUGGCUAUGCGGUGUUUUUUUAUCUCUUCAAGGCCUCGAUGCAUGGGCUGUUCAUGUUUGUCGUGUAUUACUCAUACUGCAUUGCGCUUAUGCUGUGCUUAGCGCUCAUUGGUGGGACAGUGGCCUAUUUUGCUGCUUCUUGUUUUGUGAAGGUGCUUUACGGACAAGCAAAGAGUGACUGA